UCCAGCUGACAGCUUCCAGGGAUGGCUUCAGCAUCAAUCUUCCCCAACAUCUGGCACAUACAGAGGAGCAAGAUAUUAGGGACCAUGUAAAACGAGUCUGUUCCUCUCCACAGACAAGCAAUGAUGUGGAGACAAAGCCUUUAGCCACAAAUGAUCUGGAAUGUUGCUUCAGCUGAAGGCCCCCAGUCGGAUUUCAACAAUCUGCAGGAGAUGACAGAACUUUGCAUGUUCCUUUACUGAAUGGUUUCUGAAGAAAAGCCGAUGAAAAGGAAGAGACAAUGUCCCUGACUAUUUGACCAGACUGCAAGCCCAUCCUGAAGAUGUGUUCUACAAACCCGGGCAGCUGGGUCACCUUCGAUGAUGACUCUACUUUUAGGACUUCUCAGAAUAGAAAGGACUUUUCUCUGGAGACUCAAGGUGUUUGCAGACCAAAUGGACUGAAGCUAAACCUUCCGGGUCUCAGGGACCUUCCCAGUGCUCCCUCCUCCACCAGAAGCACCCCCCUGUCCUCUCCCAUGGUGGACUUUUACUUCAGUCCAGGACCCCCAAGCAACUCCCCUCUUUCUACACCUACCAAAGACUUCCCAGGGUUUCCUGGCAUCUCUAAAGCAGGGACACAUGUGCUUUAUCCUAUUCCAGAGUGUUCUUCAGGCAGUCCCCCCACAACAGCAGGAGGAGUAGGUCCCCCAUUAUCACUUACUAAGCCAACCUGCUCACCCCAUGCAUUGUUACCCAGUGACCCCUCGCACACUCAGCUGCCUCCCACACAUGGGCUUAUAGAAGACGCCAGCCCUCAGUGGGUCCAGAGUGAGGCUGGGCAGUUUGAGUAUUUUCAGGACGAUUGUGCUUUUUCUAACCCAUUUUGGAAAGAUGAAGGUAGCACUUCUCAGUUUCCCUUUGACUCCCUGGCAAGCAGAAAACCGUUCUCCCCAAGGGACAAGGAGGUACCUAUUGAUCAAAAAAGCCUGAACCAGUGUUCACUUAACUAUAUCUGUGAGAAGCUCGAGCACCUACAGUCAACUGAGAUCCAAGACCCUCUUGGAAAUUUGUCUAGGCAGAGUCCAUAUGCUGAGGACACAGGCUCUUUUGUCCCACACACCCUCUUCCGGAGUCAGCCCAAAGCUGGAUGGUCCUUCAUGUUGAGGAUUCCCGAGAAGAAGAAUGUGAUGUCUUCCCGGCAGUGGGGACCCAUUUUCCUAAAGGUUCUUCCAGGAGGGAUCCUGCAGAUGUAUUAUGAGAAAGGGCUAGAAAAACCAUUCAAAGAAUUCCAACUCAAUCAGUAUUGUAGACUUUCUGAGCCCAAACUUGAGAACUUCAGCAUGGCAGGAAAAAUCCACACUGUGAAGGUGGAACAUGUGUCUUACUUAGAGAAAAGGAAAUACCAUUCCAAGGCAGAGGUGGUUCACGAGCCUGAAGUAGAGCAGAUGCUGAAGUUGGGGUCCACGGAACACCGUGACUUCCUUGAAUUUUUGACUACUGUAGAAGAGGAGCUAAUAAAGCUGCCGGCUACUGCAAAACUGAAGAACAAAAACUAUGAGGAACAAGAAAUUUACCUGGACAUCCUGGACAGCUUCUGGGGUAAAGUAACCAAAGAGGAGGGGAAGCUGGUAGAAAGCUCUGUGAUAACUCAGAUCUGCUGCCUCUGCUUUCUAAACGGGACACCGGAAUGUUUCUUAGCCUUAAAUGAUCUUGAGCUCCAGAAACGAGAUGAACGAUAUUUUGAGAAAGAACCGGAAAAAAAGGGGAUUGAUAUUCUUAACUACCAUUUUCAUACGUGUGUAAAAGCUGAAGAAUUUGAACAGUCCAGAAUCAUUAAGUUCAUACCUCUGGAUGCUUGCCGGUUUGAGCUGAUGCGUUUCAAAACUUCGUAUGAAGGGGAUGAGCUUCCCUUUGCAGUGACGUCCAUCGUGACUGUCCAGGGGGCCUAUGUGGAGCUGCGGGCCUUUGUCAACAUGACCCCAGCAGCUCAGAGGUCUUCCCUGAAGAGCUGUAACAAUAUCAUGAUUCAUUUUCCUGUCCCAGACCAGUGGAUCAAGGCCCUCUGGACCAGGAACCUUCAGAGACAGAAGUCCCUGAAAGCCAAAAUGAACCGUCGGGUGUGUCUGGGGAGUUUGCAAGAGCCUGAAUCUGAACCUGUUAUUCAGGUCACGGUGGGGUCAGCAAAAUAUGAGAGCGCCUACCGGGCUGUGGUGUGGAAGAUAGAUCGACUUCCGGACAAAAACUCAAGUCCUGAUCAGCCCCAUUGUCUGUCAUACAAACUAGAGCUUGGAUCAGACCAGGAGGUUCCUUCAGAUUGGUAUCCAUUUGCUAUUGUCCAGUUUUCCAUGUCUGAAGCCUGUGCCUCAAGGACAGAGGUGAGGUCUCUGGGAGUGGAGAGUGAUGCCCAGCCUCAGAAGCAUGUGUGUCAGCGAGCUUGCUACAACAUCCAGGUUGAAAUAGAAAAGAAGUGGAUUCAAGUAGAUGGAGAAGACCCAGAUAAAGCGGGUGGCUGUGUGACUCAGUAAAUGAUGACACCGUGGGUCAAACACAGAGCCUACAUACAGAGCAGGACAUCUGCUGCUGUGUGGUGGGACUGAGUAGCAGCCUUAGGCUAGAGAUCCAGUGGUGAGUCCCGAAGCUGACCAUCUGCCUGUUACUCUUCAGAUACUCUGGGAUGUGUCUAUGACUUGUACCAGUUACAUCUUGUUGAAACUUGGAGACACUGCUAUCUGACAUGAAACCUGCUGGCCAGUUUGGCUGAAGGGUAUUUGGAUUGGAUUACUCAGUGACUUUGUUUUGUAAUCUGAGUUAUGUGAUUCCCCAUCUCUUCUUGUUUUCUGUGUGGAACAAUUUGAAAGGAUGGGAAGAGUUAGGAGAUGUGGUUUGUUGGAGGAAGUGUGUCACUGGGGGUGGGCUUUGAGGUUGUAAAAGUCCAAGUCCAAGUCAAGCCCAGUCCCCCCCCCCCUCCUUCUCUCUCUGCCUUCAAAUCAAGAUGUAGCAUUCAGCUACUGCUCCAGCAUCAUGAGUGCUAUGAGGAUCUCCCCAUCCCAUGAUGAUAAUGUACUAACCCUCUGAAAAUGUAAGCAAGCCAGGAAGCAGCAUCCACCAUGGCCUCUGCAUCAGCUCCUGCCUCCAGGCUCCUGCCCUGUUUGAGUUCCUGUGAUGACUUCCUUUGAUGAUGUACUGUGAUAGAGAAGUGUAAGCCUUUCCUCCUCAGCUUGUUUUUUGUCAUGGUAUUUUAUCACAGCAAUAGUAUCCCUUACUAGGACUAUUAGCUGAGAGUAUUUUCAUUAGAACAUGUGCAAAGUGAAAGAAAAUGUAUAAUUCUAGUUCAACUGUAGAGUCAGAGAAAUGGCUUGCCACUCCAGUCUCUAGUGAGGUGCUAGCGGCCUGAGCAGCUGUAACUCUGCCUGCAUUGCUUUUACUACUUACCAGGGUAAGUCAGUAUCCUAAACCUUAUGAAAUUUAUGUUUUGAGGAUUUUUUUUGUUUUUGUUUUUUUUGUUUUAAAGAGUCCUUCAUGUUGUGUUAAUGUGCAUUCGGUUCCUGCUGAGCCUUGUCUGUGACAUGAGGCUUUCUUCCCCACACAGGAGGUUUGUUCUCAGUUAAAAAGUUAUAAGCAGCUGUUCCAAACCACAUUUGCUUGUUGUCCUACAGAAUUUAUUUCAUGCAUUUAUAUUUUGUUACAUUCAUUUUUAUCUAUUCAAAUAGAUUAAAACAAACAUUCAUGAUGGUUUGUACCAAUCGGACUUUAUUGCUCUCAUUAUCUUACUGUAAAGGCACAGAAAACAAAAGUCAAUGAUAAGAAUGGAUUAUAUUGCUCUAUUUUAACUAUGUGAUAUGUCACUCAUAAUGUUUGCUUGAAGCUCAUUGUUGAUGUAUAUGUACGUUAGUAUGAAUUUGAUUAAAAAAUCACCAUCAUUCCUUAUGUUCUGGAGCAGGCACACUUCACUUUAGUCUGCUUGGAACAAACACGGAAACUGUUGAGGAGCUACGCUGGGAAAUCCCAGGGAAGUUAGCUAGGUUAAUCACACUUUCUCUGAGGUGUUUUAUGGCCUCCUGACUAUAAAGUACUCACUGUGGAUGUAGAUGAACUUAAUGUGUAUUCAUAUUGCAAGAGAAAUAAAACAGAGGGUCCUGUCCAAGGCAUUAUUCUUCCUGACCUAAAGGUUGGCUAAUAUGUGUGGGUGACACUGCCAGGGUCUUUAAUAAGUCACAAUCAACCAGACUUUGGGACCCUCUCAAGCUUAGGUAUUAAGGCUGGAGAAACAGCAGACUGACACAAGCCCAAAUUGAGUUUCUGGAUAUCAUUAACAGCAGGAUACAACUGCAUACUUGUUAAUUUGCACAUCUAUUAGGACCACAAAUAUCCAUUACUUAGUGUUAAGCCAACGUCAAGGACGAGUGGCUUUUAAAUAAAAUCCUUGUGACCUUAGAAACAGCAGGAAGUCAAAUGUGACUUCCAAGCCCUUCGUGAAAAUUUACUGGGACAGUGUAAGAAGUAAAAUCUCUCCCAGGGAAGCCAGCAGUGAUCUUCAAAAUCCCUACUUUUAAAUGAGCCCAGGAGGGAAUUCAAGAAGAAACACUCCUUUUAAACAUUUUAAUUUGGGUAAUCUUUUGUGACCACUUUGGAGUCUGCAGACAACUAAGGACACCACCAGUUUAUAACCUGUCUUUCUGCCUUCACUGCCCUGGUCUGGUCAUCUGGGCAGCUCCGGACUACAUUAACUGCUAAUGAGAGCAUGGGUUGAUAGUUACAUGAUCAGUUAUGUAGGACUGAGCAUCAGAACACUUUCCAUGUCUGUGGGAAUGGCUGUUUAUCAAUUACAAAAGAUACGGAAAGGCUCAUUUAAAAGCUCUCCAGCUCACUGUUGGGUCUGGUCUGUAUAUCAGAGAACUGCAGUUGCCUUUCAUUCAGGAGCUAUGUUUACGAUCAAGCCCAGUUCCUACUAAGUUAGACUGUUUUUCUUAACAAUGACUGUUACAGUGUUUCCUUAACAAUGACUAUUACAAUGUUUCCUUAACAAUGACUAUUACAAUGUUUCCUUAACAAUGACUGUUAGUGUUUCCUUAACAAUGACUAUUACAAUGUUUCCUUAACAAUGACUGUUAGUGUUUCCUUAACAAUGACUAUUACAAUGUUUCCUUAACAAUGACAGUUAGUGUUUCCUUAACAAUGACUAUUACAAUGUUUCCUUAACAAUGGCUGUUACAAUGUUUUACUCAGCUUUUGACUUCCUGACCUAUUGUUACAAACAGAGAACAGGCUGAACCUGAUAAUCAUGUAACAAAGUAUUUUGUAGAUUACAUAUUGAUUUUUACAAAAUUAAAGAUAUAUUUCAAAUGGUU